AUGUCAUGGAAUUUAUCAGAUAAUAAACUUUUCAUAAGAAUAGAGAGAGGUAGAAAACCUCGUCUGAAAGUCGAUGAGACAGGAAGGACUGUUCAUGCUGUCCUUCCCAAUGAAACAAAUGUAAAUUGGCCUCCGAUAAAAACAGAAUUAUCAGGCGGAUAUACUAUUACCAUUCAACGUUUGCAACAACAAUACAAGAUCUCAGUUCAGCACUUGCAUGAGAAGAAGCCGGAGAUAGUUGUCUACUCAACACCAUGUGCAUAUGAUAAUGAAUUGAAAACAGUCAUCAAAGAGAUGAACACCCAAAUCAAUGAUGUUGGCAUAGCUGGUCCAAAUUUGGAUGUUUUAGGAAAUAUUAAAUGUCAAAACAUAACAUUUGAAUCAACUGUCGGCACAUUACAUAUAAAUGCUCGAAUACUAAGUAAUAGAUUAGUCUUAUUGGCUCAAAGCGUUGUCAUUUCGACGGAAUCUUUACUGAGCACUCGAAAAUUUCGUUCUGUAUCGAGAAAACUUCAAUUAGAUGGUCGAUUAUAUGCUCAUGAAUGUAGUGAAUCUCCUCGACAUCUUUCGGUUGUUUUCGAUUCAAAUCUCGUUCAUCUGGGAGUUGAUGGAUGUAUUGGAGAAUCAAAUGAUAAAGAAAACAAUAAAUUAUCCAACAAAAAGUCAUCUCAAAAAGCGUCUCAAAUCACCGUGGACACGUUAUCCAUCCAGAUUACGGGAUCUUUGGCUAAUUAUGGUCGCAUAAUCUCAUUGGAAAAAACUGAACUUAAAAUCGGAGAUAGUUUAUUGUCGCUGAGUGAUGGAACUAUUGAUAGUGCUGGUCGAGGAUAUGAUGCAUUGAAAGGGAUCCGAGGCGUACGAUCACGAACUGCAUGUGCUCCUUCAUCUGCAUCUUUGAGACAAGCUAUAACUUCACAGAAUGCAAAUGAAGCUGCGCAUCUGAUUGAAAAUGGAGUCGAUUUGAAUGAUCAAUCUAGUCGUAUGAAUAGAAGAAAUCUGACUUUACGUCAAGAAGCCAUCAAGAAGUAUCAUGAGAAGAAAGGUGAAUCUCUUCUGAACAAGAACCGAGCCAACAUCACCCUCAUAAAUGCCCUUUUUACCAUCCACGAUUGGAAACGAGGAACAAUCCAAUCAUCAGCUAUCUUGGCUGUAAUAGGCAAACGAUGUGACGAUUGUGCCCAGUUCUCAGCUCAAGAGUUACAAAUGAAAAUCGGAAGCAGUGCUACUGUUGAGAAAGAUUCAAUUUGGAGUUCAUCGUGGAUAGAAAUGGAAGUCGGAGCUGAUAUGACUAUUUUGGGUCAAGUAAAACAUAAAACUUUAAUUGUUUCUUGUGUGGGAACAGUGCGAGUCACUCAAACGGCCAUCAUAAAUCAUGAAAUCUUUGCGAGAAUUAACAGUAAAAAUUUUGAUUGUGACGGAAUCUGGUCUAUAGGAGAGACAUUCGUAAUUGAUUCCUCAAACAAUAUAACUUUUUAUUCAAAUUCUUAUAUUGAAUCGGAGAAGAUGGAAAUUGGGUGUGAAGGAAAUGUGGUUUUGAGGGGUUCUUGGCAAGUUGGCACUCUUUGGAUGAAAGUUGCGGAUAUGUUUGACAUUAGUAAUACAGCCAAAGUGUUCACUGAAGAGAAUGUGACCAUCACAGCAAAGAUAUUGAAAAGUCAGGGAUUUUUCAAUUCUGUUGAAAGCUGUCAGAUGCAAAUUCAUGAAACUGCUAACUUCUUGCCUUCAUCUAAGCUCGAAUGUCGGAAUUUGAAUUUGAUCUCUGAAGGUAACUGUGUGCUGGCUGGUAUUUGGAUGGUUAAUCAACUGAAUGUUUAUGUUCGAAAGAAUUUCUCGACUCUCGAAGGAGCGAAGUGUGCUAUAUUCACCAAAGCUACAGUAACAACUGGUUCAUUCCGAAACGAUUCACUGUGGCAGAUUGAGAAUGACGGUUUGUUCACAAUCGGGAGAAUUGAACAAAGUUCACAUGGAACUCUGUUCAUCAAGCAAACGUUGGAUCUUGUUUUGCAUUCUGAAUCUUCUAAUAAUUGGGAUGGAAGAAUAGUUUGCAGCCGGUUUUUACUCCGUUGUUUGAAAUUAUGUAAAUUCGAUGGGUUUUUGCGAGCUAAUGAGGCUGAAGUAACUGUACCCUAUCCUGGGGAAUCUCAGAUGCAUGCUAAUGGUCAGUGGGACAUAUUGGCUGGACCUUUGACGGUAAAAGGAAACAGCUCAUACUUUUCCUUGUCUCCAAAGAAGAAACAUCCGUUCCCUGCUUUCAUUCUUUCGGGACGUCUCUCAGCAACAGCUAUCAUAGCCCCUUUCACUUCAAUUGAAAUAUCUGAAAAUUCUAUAACUAGACUGAUUGGAUUAUCGAGUCCAAACCCUGAGAUUGAAUUCAAUGUUUUGAUCGCUGCAGGGUCAUUAACAACAGGAAAGAAUUCGACUAUUGUUUCUUUGGCUAAAAACCCUUCAAUGGAGGGAAUAAUAUGUGCUGAAACAUGGUUCCAUGAGGGGCAAAUUCGAUUCCAAGCUCAAGAAGUUCAUUUGCUAGCCAACAGUUGGAUUCAGAAUGGCCGUUUAACCAAUUGUCAAACAAAAGAAAAUCAUUUGCAAUCCGCACGAGUAGUAGUAGAAGAACUUCUGUUAAACAAAGGAACGAUUGCAUGUGAUUGCUUACAAAUUAUUGGGGAAGGAAUGCUUGAAAAUCAUGGAAGGAUCUUUGCUUCUGAGAAUAUGGACAUCAGCUUGAAGAAUUUUGAUAAUGAUCAGGGGUCGAUGGAAUCAAAAAACAGCAUGAAGCUUCUAUCUGCCUCGAGAGAUUGGACCAGACUGAGCGGGUCAAUCAAAGCUAAAACGGAUUUGCAACUCUGUGCUCAUAAAUUAGAAUUUGCAGUCAAGGAUGCUACCUCGUUAUCUAGAGAAGGACGUCUCAGUUUCUCCGCAAAGAACGAUCUAUUCCUUUCAACGCCUAUUGUCGAUGAAAACCAUCAACUGGCUCUAGGAUGCGCAGCUCAAAGAUCUAUCAUCAUGAACGCCAAAGUAGAAAUUGAUCGCUUAGAAGUCCUGUUAGGUGGAAGUGAAAUAGACGCUACUCUUCUUCACUUGCGUGAAAAUGCUGACGUUUACGUCAAUAACCUUAUUAUAACUGGAAGUUCCAAAGAAAUCCAAAUUUGCUUGGAAGGAAAGCUUAGAUGCGGCCGUUUGUCGAUAUCUUCCGGUUUCCAAAAGGUCACCUUGACCGGUAGAGGUUUUGCUGAGAUUGAUAAUUUGCAAGCCGAUAAAUCUGAUGUUCUUCUGGAUCUCAUCGAAGUAGCUUCAUUUGGCCACAUAACAGCUAACGCCGUAGAGAUACUUUCACAAUCCAUUCUAAGGUUGAAGCCAUAUGGAGAGUCCGACUCGAGCACCAUUCUAACACCCAACUUGAAUAUCAAAGGAAAUCUUUUAGUGGAUGGAAAGUUGUUCAUUACAGCUUUAAAGGGCUCUGAAAUAUACAUAAAUGGCUCUAUCGUGGGGUCAUCCCCUGAAUCAGAAGUCUGUAUCGAAGGAAUCAAGCUGCGACUCACAGGACUGAUAGCUAGUUUGAAAUUCCUGGAAAUCUUUGCAAAAGAGACCCUCACAAUCACGAAUGGGAAAUUCAAAAAUAUAAAUGGAUCAGCAAUCGAAUGUAAAGAGCUCUUUGCUAACGUCAAUAUGGAUGACUGUCUGCAAAGCGUAUGGAAUAGCGAAGUUGCAAACAUCUCAGGAAAAUGUAUUUCUUCAACCGGAUCAGACAUUCUUUCUAUAUUCUCAUCAACUAUUCAAUCUUCAAUCAACUGCCAUAAUAUGCAAAACCUUACAAUAGGAUGCUCAAGAUCAGCUUACAUAACAGGAUCAUUGUCAAGCUGUAAAAAAAUAGAAUUUGAUGCAAAAUGGUUAACAAGUGAUUGUAAGAUAACAGAUUGUGAGAAUGUCACAUGUUCUGCUUGGUCCUUGCAUAUCAAAUCACCUAUAGAAGCUGCUAAAAUUGAGUUGUCCUCAUUAGGAGUUGUCUUAUUAACUACUUCGCUCACAACACCUGAUAUGCAAGUAGUUGGCCUCUUUGUAUUGAGUCCAAACCAUUCACUACCAACAUCUUGCGUUCAUUCAUUACUUCUCAUCAGUCCUUACAUGGAGACUGCUCCAACGGGACUUAGUUAUCUGCAUUUCAUGAUUGGAGAUGCCUCUACUCCAAUAUCUUUGUCGCCUUCCGAAUUGACUGCAUGGAAAGAAGCAGCAACAAUGAUGAAAGAUCGAUUCAGUAGUACAUCGAUUGAUGCUGAUGAGUUACUGCUGGGAUUAAAAUAUCUCAGUGAUCUUCGUCCAUCUAACAUCACCUUGAAUGUCACACACAACAUGUAUCAGGAACUAGACAAAAUGAUUGAGAAGUUCAACAAGAGCCCAAUCAACUUCUUCAGUAGUGCCGAUUUGGUUGCCAUUAUUUAUUCCAGUCGCAACACCAUUAUUCCAACAGCAAAUGAGAAGAUAAUUAAUAAAAAAAGCAAAAAAAAAUCAGAAAGUUUACUGUUCUCCGUGCUUUCACGCUUCCGUUCAGCUAAGUACGACAAGAACUGUAGAGCAUCAUCCGAUUCAGAUGGCGGAUACGCCAGUCGAAGUUCUUCAGAAGAUCUUGAUAUCAAAGAGAAACGAGUCUCCACGGCUUCACCUACUCAGAGCAUAGUCUUACCGUUGUUCGAGAAAGAUCACAUGGAAAGAAUCGACAGAACAUUGGAGGAAGCAGACAACUCAAAGCCUAAUAAUGCAGAACAAAUCAGCGAAUCAUUUUUAGAGGAAGAAGAGGAGUUAUUACAAUUUGAAGAAUUGGAACAGGAAAUAUGUGAUGCCGAAAAUGGCAUAGUUAGAACAGAUUACAUAAUCUGUCACAAUCACCGUAUUCAACUCGCAAGAAUUAAACAAAAGCUUUCGCUCUGCUCGACCAGUAGACCACAAACCCAGUUCCCAAUUAUGAGAGUGAGCUCAUCCAAUGACUUGGUGAUGAAACGGAUAAAGGUGAAGAAUGCUCUGUCGUCAUUGGAUUUGAGAUCAUUCGGAAGUGAAAUCUCUCUGCUUUCACUUGAUUUUUCAAAGACACCAGACGUGGGCAGUCCCAUUCACUACCCUUCUAGUCCUCUUCAAAGAUCUCGUAUACCGCGAGGAUCAUUCAGAAGUCCUUGCAAAAUGCAAAGCCCUUGUGAAUAA